AUGCUAAACUAUUGAUGUAUUUGGUUUAAUGAAUACAUUUGGAAGAAAAGAUUUUUAAACAUAAACUUAUGUAGAAAAAGUAUUUGAUGUAUAAGGUUAAUCUACUUGCUAGUUAAAUUUUGAUUUAUAUCUUAUGAAUAUUACAUUCAAAGAUAUUUUUUUCGUAGAAGUUGAUGAUGUAUAGGAUGGUUAAAUAGAAGUAUUGAAAUAUGAUUGUAAUAAUAUAUUAUAAAAUAAAGAAGGAGAUAUCUUAACUGUAUAAUGUUUUGAUACAGAUUAUAAUAUUUAAAGAGAUACUUAAAUUGCAUAAUUUAAAGAAAAGUCAUUUAAUGUCAGAAGCUCUUUUAAAUUAAGAUUUAGAGCUGAAUUAUCUUCAGAAGAUAAUGAUACUUAUUGGGGCUUAAGAAACGUUUCUAUAAAAUGCGUUUGUAAAGAUUGUAAUGAACAAAACUAAUGUCCUGCAAAUUCAAUUAAAAACUAAACUGGAGUAUGUGAAUGUUAUAAAGGAUUUGUUAAUAUAGGAACUUAAGAAUAAUUGAUUUGCGAAAUUGAAGAACAUGCAUGUGAUAUAUCAUGUCAUACUUGUGAUAAUGGAGUUUGUGGAUGUAACACAGAUUAGACUCUUUCCAACGAUGGAAAAAGCUGCAACACUCCAGUAUGUAAUGAUAGUUGUUUCUAAUGUGAUAAAGGAAUUUGUAUUUGUGGAGAAGGGUAGGAAUUGACUGAAGAUAAUAAAUCUUGCUAAGUAAAAUGCCCAGACGGAUGGAAAAGGGGUGAAGACGGUUUAUCAUGUUCACUUGAAUGUAAAUUAGGGUGGUAAUUAAAUGAAGAUGGAUAAUCUUGUGUGCUUGUUUGUGGAGAAGAAUAAGAAAUUAGUAAAGAUGGAUAGUCAUGUAUAGUAAAAUGCCCAAAUGGAUGGACAAGAGGUGAAGAUGGUUUAUCAUGCUUCCUUGAAUGUAAAUUAGGAUGGUAAUUAAGUGAAGAUGGAUAAUCUUGCUUACCACCCUCUUGUGAUGAAUCAUGUCAUACUUGCGAUUUAGGUGUUUGCGGAUGUAACGAAAAAUAUACACUUUCUGAGAAUAAUAAAAAAUGCAACCCACCUGUUUGCCAUGAAAGUUGUUCCUAAUGUAAUGAAGGUACUUGCGUUUGUGAUGAAGGUCAAUAAUUGAAUGAAGAUUAAUAAUCUUGUUCUGUUGUCUGCCCUCAAGAUUGGACAUAUGAUGGAUAAUCUUGCUUACCCCCCUCUUGUGAUGAAUCAUGUCAUACUUGCGAUUUAGGUGUUUGCGGAUGUAACGAAAAAUAUACACUUUCUGAGAAUAAUAAAAAAUGUAACCCACCUGUUUGCCAUGAAAGUUGUUUCUAAUGCCAUGAAGGUACUUGUGUUUGUGAUGAAGGUCACUAAUUGAAUGAAGAUUAAUAAUCUUGUUCUGUUGUCUGCCCUCAAGAUUGGACAUAUGAUGGAUAAUCUUGCUUACCCCCCUCUUGUGAUGAAUCAUGUCAUACUUGCGAUUUAGGUGUUUGCGGAUGUAACGAAAAAUAUACACUUUCUGAGAAUAAUAAAAAAUGUAACCCACCUGUUUGCCAUGAAAGUUGUUUCUAAUGCCAUGAAGGUACUUGUGUUUGUGAUGAAGGUCACUAAUUGAAUGAAGAUUAAUAAUCUUGUUCUGUUGUCUGCCCUCAAGAUUGGACAUAUGAUGGAUAAUCUUGUUUACCCCCCUCUUGUGAUGAAUCAUGUCAUACUUGCGAUUUAGGUGUUUGCGGAUGUAACGAAAAAUAUACACUUUCUGAGAAUAAUAAAAAAUGUAACCCACCUGUUUGCCAUGAAAGUUGUUUCUAAUGCCAUGAAGGUACUUGUGUUUGUGAUGAAGGUCACUAAUUGAAUGAAGAUUAAUAAUCUUGUUCUGUUGUCUGCCCUCAAGAUUGGACAUAUGAUGGAUAAUCUUGCUUACCACCCUCUUGUGAUGAAUCAUGUCAUACUUGCGAUUUAGGUGUUGC